AUGGCCGAGCGUGGCUCCAGGCCCAGCGAGCUGCGGGCACGGCCUGGUGCCAGCUCGGCGUCCUCUGAGCAUGCAGCAACCUCGGACAGGGCAACAGCUGCGGGCCGGGCGAAGGCUGUCAUGGCUCCGACUGAGGGCACGGCCAGCACAAACAGCUGGAAGCGAAGGACACCAAGGACUUGGGCCAUCUCAAAGAUGAACAGCACGGCCACUUGGACUGGGAUUCCUGCUCCCAUUCCGGAUAUUUUUUCAUCUCAGCAGCAGGUGGCAGCCAGGGUGGGGGACAUUCACCAGAGACUCGUGUCCCGUGUCACUGCGGACAUGGGGCUGGAAACAGACUUUCUGAGCCUGGCUGAAGAACACCCUGCUAAUGUGGUGAUGAGCCUCCUGCGCUGUGCCCCAUCCUGUGACAGAGCUGCUGUACUGAUGUGGAGAAGCAUCGGCAUGUCAAGACCCGCAGUGCAGAAGGUGCUUCCAGCACUGUUCUCUGUGAUAGAGGACAGGCCACUGUACAGCAUGUUUUUCUACAGUGGGGAUAACGAGGCCGUCUUUGCCCUGGCUGCAACUGUGGUGCUGUGGAAGAUUGCCCACAUGCCCGAGUGGCACGACGCAGUAGUCCUUCAUUCGGCCCAGCUGUUUGUGGCUCUGCUCUUCCAAGUUUUCUCCACCACAGAGCAGAUACCAGAAGAGGUUGAGGACUUCUGGAGAGCGUGCCAGGAGGAACACCGCCUUCCCACCAAGCCUAACAGGUUUGCAGUGCAGGCCGUGAAGGCUCUGCUCUGCCAACUGGGCUUUGAGAACAAGCUGGUGGCUCUGGAGUGCAAGCAGGUCUGGGACACCCUGCUCUGUGCCGACACCCAGCAUUAUGCAGUAGGUCUGCUGGCCAGGGAGAUGCGCUGUGGCUUGGCCCCCUUGUGUUCCCGCAUCGCCUUGCACCUGCUCAGCCUGCUCAUCAGGAAGCAGCCACGCUGGCAUCUGCCUGCCCUGGCGUUCUUGGUGGAGCUCCUGGAGUGUCUGGACUUGAGCAAACACGGUCACAGUGCCCUGUCGGUCGUAUCCAGGCACCUGCCCAGCGAGUGCAGGGACAGGCUGCGCCUGGAGCUCAGAGGCCUCGUGGUGCUCAGCAAGGAGCCCUCGCUGCUGCCCGAGUGCCCCAAGCAGCUGCUGCUGCUGCAGCUGUCCUCAGCUUCACAGCACAGCCUCGUCUUGCACACAGAGUGGAGGAAUACGUGGCCUGUAUCAACACCUGCUGGAGCAGCUGGCUGA